AUGCACUUCUCAUACAUCUCUCUGGCGUUCUUCGCCAUCGGCGCCAUCGCCGCCCCUGCCGCUCCCUCUGGUCCCGCCGCUUCCAAGCCCAGCAAGGACUUCGGAGACGUUGCUGGCGGCUUCCCUUUCAAUCCAACAGGCUCUUCCAGCAUUGAAGACAACAAUGAUGGAUUCGACGACUUCCCUUCCGCCCUCGACGCAAUGCACCAGGCCUUGGCUGAGAAGCAGAAGUCCGCUGAGGCCGCUGCGCACGCAUCCACCACCCACCCCGUGCUAGCCAAACCCACUUCCGUCCAUGGAGCCGCAAACUUCCCGGAUCCUGCCAUCUCCCAGGCCUCGAAUCUCCCUCACCCCUCCCCUACCAGCUCGCGGAAGGCUGCCCCUACCGCCUUCCCCACUCCUUCCCACGGCGCUAUUCCCACUCCAGCUAAGGGCAGCUCUGCUUCUCCUAGCGCAAUUCCAACUCCCACCAAGGGCAGCUCUGCUUCUCCUAGUGAAAUUCCAACUCCUGCCGCAUCCGCUGCUCCUGGCCCCCUUGGUGGCCUUGUUGAGAACCUCCCGGUUUUCGGAGGUCUUGUUGGCGGUCCCCUGGCUGGCCUCGGUCUCCGUCGUUAA